UCACUUAUUUUAUAUCAACCUGUCACUACAGACACAGUCACUUCACCUUCACACAGGAGAGACAAACAGAUGAAUCAUGCAUAUCAUCCUGAUCCUCCUACAUGUGCCCCUUCUGUGGAGCUGCCCCCAGGACAACCCCUCUGGAGGUGACACCCCUCUUCUACCGUCUGUUGAUUUUCCUGGAGGAGACAUAGUAAAGAUUCCUUCUCCUGAUGAGAGUGCUUGUAGGAUUCUCUGCACCCACCACCCUGAAUGUGACUUCUUCUCCUACCACUCGAGGAAGCAGACUGAUGGGAGCAGGAGCUUUACGUGCCACCUGAAAACUUCCGAUACUGGAAUUCCCAAUGAGCAAGUUCCCAACCCCGAUGUAACAUCAGGAUAUUCUCUAACAAAGAUCCCUGACUCUCUUAACCGAUGCCUGGCAGAGUCCUAUGAGGACAUUGAAUUUGUGGGCAAUGUGUUGUCCUUUGGUCCAGUUGGCAGUCUGGAUGAGUGUCAGUUGGCAUGCACACGUAACCCAGGUUGCCAAUUCUACACAUACUACUCCUCAACCAAUACAGAGUCGGGCAUACAACCUCGCUGUUACCUGCAGUAUUUUACAAACCUGCCGUCUCCAGCCAUGAUUACAGCAACACCUGAAGCACAAUCUGGAUUCAGUCAGAAAGACUGCUGCACAGGGGGAGCGUGCUCCUAUGGAUGUGAUGAUCUGAUAUUUCCAGACAUUUUCUUCUCUGGGACAGUAAUCUCUAGUUUGAAAGCCUUUGAUGUUGCUGUGUGCCAGCAGGCUUGUAACCAGAACUCGGAGUGCCAGUUUUUUACGUACAGCCUUCACCAGAGUUCGUGGUGUAUGUGUUACCUCAAACAAUCUGACUCUGGACUCCCGGAUAAUGUGACAUCAGUUAUUAGUCAAUACUCUGGAUUCAACAAUCAGUCUUCCGAAAAAGGGCUCCUCAGCUGUGCGGACCUCCUGGUGUCCGACCUGGAGUAUGAAGGGGUUUCUGUGUUAGAGGAAGAGGUUCAAAGCAGCCAUGAAUGCCAACAGCUCUGCACCAACCAUGCCCUCUGCCAGUUCUUCACAGUCCUGCCAACUGACACUGGAAAUGGAAAGAGUAUUUGCUAUCUGAAGAAUGCCCCUGGAAAUAUUCCCACCAUGGUGACAGCUCGCCCCACCGCCGUGUCCGGUUUCUCCAUGGAUUAUAACUCAAUGAAGAAAGGUGUUCAGAGCUGCACAUCCCUUCUCUAUCCAAACAUGGGAUUUUCUGGCACAGAUGUUGGGCAGGUAUUGGUCUCCGAUGCUGAGAGUUGCCGUAUUUCUUGUACUCAGAGUCCAGAUUGCAAAUACUUCACCUUCUAUGGUGGUGACUGGAAUGUCAUAGAAGACAGGUACACAUGUCAUAUGAAAUCGAGUUUAACUGGAUCACCAGACUUCAUAUCUUUGGCUCCUAAUGCAACAUCUGGCUUUCCUAUUAAUGCAACAACUUACGUGGACUGCUCAACGCUUCUCCUGAAGGAUUCCAUGUUUACCGGUACUCUAAUUGGAUAUAUGAUGGCCCCCGAUGCUUUACAGUGCCAGCAUCUGUGUACCCAGACUCCUCUCUGCCAGUUUUUCACACAUUUUAGCAUUGACUGGAUGCUGGAUGAGAGGAGAUUUUAUUGUUUCCUGCAGCGAGGGGAUGGAGGAAAUCCCAGCUCCAUAAUUAGCCUUCUUAAUGCAACAUCUGGGUUCUCAGAAUCACUGUCUGGUCUUCAAAGAGAGUGCAUCACAGAGAUGUAUGAUGGGGUGGACUUUCCAGGCUCCGACGAGAGAAGUCUAAAUGCAAAAUCAUUCGAAGAAUGCCGCUCUCUCUGCACUGCAGAUCCAAUCUGCCAGUUCUUCACCUUCUUCAACCAAACAUUUCUCACACCGGAUCAAACAAACACAUGUUACCUGAAGAGCUUGCUUUUGGUUCCACUACCAGAAAUUAUACGGCAUUCCCCAGGGGUUGUGUCCGGAUACCCUCAGAGGAACUGCAAUGGCAAGAUUCCAGAUUAUCCGGAUUAUGUUUUACCGUCAUGUUAAUAGAGGCACAAAGUCCAAGGAAGAGGAACUCGGAAAAAUGUUUCCAAUAUUCACUAUUGGAUUUCACAGCAUAAACACAUCAAUAUCCUCUUUUUCUAGUUUAAUUUCAGUCAUUUACUUUACUGUUUGCUUUAUAUAUUGCCUAGCCAACCCAUCUCAUUUGUCUCCACCAUCCUCCUACCCUAUCCUCCCAUCUCCCUCACCAAAUAAACCUUCACCCUACCUCU